AUGGACCUCCACCGAGCUGCUUUCAAGUUGGAGAGCUCCACGUACGUGCCAAGCUCCAUGUCGUCUCCUGCCCUCAUGGUUCUGGCAUCGACGGCCGAGUCGGAUCGUGAGCCCUCCGUCAUCCCGUGCCAUACCUCACGUCCGUUUGGCGUUCCGGUCUCUCUGGAAAAAGACCUGCACCUCCCGUUCCCUGGUGGCUCCUACACCUUCUCCUCUGUGUACCAGAGGCAGGGAGGUUUCACGCCCCGAGACUUCCCUGCCUCGCUUCUCCACCUGCACCCACAGUUCACCCCAGCUCCGCUGAGCAUGCUCGGACACGGGGCAGUUGGAGCCUUCCGGCCGUUCGCUUCCCCAAACGAGGACAGAGACACAGGGAUUUAUCAUUCUGCCUUCCUGCCCACCAAGAGGCUGAAGGGAGGCCCGGAGACGGACACUUCGCCUCGUCUACGCUACGCAAUCGCUGAAGGCAAGGACUUUGAGUUCGGGGUCAACCGACUGGCCCCAGGGUCUCCCGGAGGCCUGAAAGGAGCUGAGGAUUCUGGGAAAAAGAGGUUCAGCAUGUCAGGGCUGCUGUUGGAUGCUGAGGCCUCGUGUAGCCCCGAGGAGCAAAAGGACGGAUGUAAGGUGACGUGUGUGUGUGAUGUUCAGGCACCUGUGUGUCCUGUCUGUCACGUGGUUCUCCGACCUGAUGAGCUGCAGGAACAUGUGGAGCAGGAGAUGGAGAGACUAUCACAGUUGCACCUGAGUGGGAGUCCAGCACAGAGCGAGUGUCUCUCAGCCGGAUUGUCCAGGUCUGUGUUUCCUCUCCACAUAAAGCGAGAAAGCGGAUCGUGUGUCUCUUCUCCUCGCCCACCCGAGGACGCCGUGCACUCGGACAGGUACCAGACGUUUUUACGAGUUCGAGCCAACAGACAAACACGACUCAGUGCUCGCAUUGGGAGGAUGAAGAGGAGGAAAGUGGAGGAAGAGCAGAGAGACGGAGUGUGUGUUGUCGAAAGCGACUCAGUGGCAGCAGCAGGAACGAGAGACGAGUGUGAGUGGAGUGAACAGAGGAGAGUGCAGGUGGUGUCCAUGCUCACCGGAUUCACAGGUUUAGUAAACAGUGCGUCUAAGGAGCAGCAGGACAGCGAUGUGGACCUGGACGUGGACGGAGAUGAUACUCUGAGUUAUGGCCGAGCGCAAUACACGGAGACGGACGUGAUCCCGAGCGCCGGAGACGUCGAGGACAGCGAGAUGCUCUUAAAGGAAGUAGCCAGUCGACUGUCCCCAGAGCACAGCAGAUGGUCCACAGGAGAAACUCCAUCUACAAGUAAUGAAGACCACAGCAGGCCAGAUGUCAGUGUGAACGUGUCUCCAGCCUGCAGGAGCUGUCAGUUUGAGAUAUCAUCUGGGGACUCUUUAAACACACUGGAAUCCUUGAAGUUACGGAUCCGAGACCUGGAGAAGCAGCUGACUCGAGGAGAUCGGAUUAAAUGUCUGAUCUGCAUGGACUCAUAUACGAUACCACUGACCUCCAUCCAGUGUUGGCAUGUGCACUGUGAGGAGUGCUGGCUCCGAACUCUGGGUGCGAAGAAGCUGUGUCCGCAGUGUAACACCAUCACUUCACCAGGAGACCUGCGGCGCGUGUAUUUGUGACGACGACACGCUGCAGCGAGAGACAGCCGUCACUUCCUGAAGACGGUUUUCUGAUCGGACUUUAAAUAAAAACCGUCUCUGGGUUUUAAUGCUACAGAAAAGAAAAACAGUGCUGUUUCUGUCUCCAGUCGUAUUUUCUAUCCCUGAUUGUUUAAAGCUGGUGGUUUAGAUGCUGCUGACAAACAUGCUGGUAAUGUCUGAGGUGUCAACUUCAUACAGCAGCUGUGCAAAAUCAACUCUAUACCAGGAACUAUUCUAUCAUUCUCUCUCUCUCUCUC